ACAGACACACACACCUCUCGCCGUUCCCGCUGUUCUCAGAGACUACCUCGCCUUCUCUUCUAGACCUCCCUGCUCGGCUUCUCCUUCCUGUGACCAACAAGAUCUGGUCUCCCUCUUCUCCUCCUUCCUCUUCUUACAGAGCAGUUGCACAAGCAAGGGGAAGUGUGCUGCAACAAUGGCCAGAGGUCAGCUCCAAGUGCUCGGGGCACUCGACCUUGCCAAGACGCAGUUGUAUCACUUCACGGCCAUCGUCAUUGCUGGCAUGGGCUUCUUCACCGACGCCUACGAUCUCUUCUGCAUCUCCCUCGUCACGAAGCUCCUAGGCCGCAUCUAUUACUUCGACCCCAACUCGACAUCGCCAGGGACGCUCCCGCCCAACGUGUCCGCUGCCGUCACCGGCGUGGCUUUCUGUGGUACCCUCUCUGGCCAGCUCUUCUUCGGGUGGCUCGGCGACAAGCUCGGCCGCAAGAAGGUGUAUGGCAUGACGCUCAUGCUCAUGGUCAUCUGCUCCAUCGCGUCCGGACUCUCCUUCGGUCACACUGCCAAGGGUGUCGUGGCCACCCUCUGCUUCUUCCGCUUCUGGCUCGGCUUUGGCAUCGGCGGCGAUUACCCGCUCUCCGCCACCAUCAUGUCGGAGUACGCCAACAAGAAGACCCGUGGCGCCUUCAUCGCAGCCGUCUUCGCUAUGCAGGGCUUCGGCAUCCUCACAGGCGGCAUCGUCGCCAUCAUCAUCUCCGCCGCCUUCAAGGGACGCUUCGACUCGCCGGCCUACAAGGACGACCCAGCCGGCUCCACCGUCCCGGAGGCCGACUACAUCUGGCGCACAAUUCUCAUGCUGGGCGCCCUCCCGGCUGCCUUGACCUACUACUGGCGGAUGAAGAUGCCGGAGACCGCGCGGUACACUGCUCUUGUUGCCAAGAACGCGAAACAGGCGGCCUCCGACAUGUCGAAGGUACUCCAGGUGGAUAUCGCCGAGGAGCAAGAGAAGGUCGAGCAGAUGACCAUGAAGGAGGCCAACAACUUCGGCCUCUUCUCCAGAGAGUUCGCCCGCCGCCACGGCAUCCACCUCGUCGGCACCACCACCACGUGGUUCCUCCUCGACAUCGCCUUCUACAGCCAGAACCUGUUCCAGAAGGACAUCUUCACCUCCAUCGGGUGGUUACCGGACGCGAAAACCAUGAACGCUAUCGAAGAGGUGUUCCGGAUCGCUCGGGCGCAGACCCUCAUCGCCCUCUGCGGCACCGUGCCAGGAUACUGGUUCACCGUGGCCUUAAUCGACACCAUGGGCCGGUUCGCCAUCCAGCUCAUGGGUUUCUUCUUCAUGACCGUCUUCAUGCUCGGCCUUGCCAUCCCCUACCACCACUGGACGACCAAGGGCAACCACAUCGGCUUCGUCAUCAUGUACGGCUUAACCUUCUUCUUCGCCAACUUCGGGCCCAACAGCACCACUUUCAUCGUCCCGGCGGAGAUCUUCCCCGCACGGCUGCGGUCCACCUGCCACGGCAUCUCGGCGGCCGCGGGCAAGGCCGGGGCCAUCGUGGGCGCCUUCGGGUUUCUCUACGCGGCUCAGAGCAAGGACCCCGCGAAGAGGGACAAGGGCUACCCGGCCGGCAUCGGCGUCCGAAACGCGCUCUUCGUGCUUGCGGCGUCCAAUCUUCUGGGCCUGAUCUUUACCUUCUUAGUGCCUGAAUCGAAGGGCAAGUCACUCGAGGAAAUCUCUGGCGAGAACGAAGACGAGGACCAGAUAGACUCCGCCGCUGUUUACAACAGGACGGUCCCUGUUUAGGAUUAGCUUCCGUCAUACUCUAUCCUCUCAUAGGUUGGUAAUGUAAUAUUAAUGGAUACCUAAUUAGCCGAACAGUAGUCGUUACCUCUUCUCGGUGUAAUAAGAUAUGAAACCAUAGGUGGAUGUAUGAAGUGCACUUCGGAGUAAUAGUAGCAGUUACCGUUCUUGUCUGCAA